AUGCUGCUUCGUCUGCUGCUGGCCUGGGCGGCCGCGGUACCCGCGCUGGGCCAGGCCCCCGGGGCCGAGCCCCGGGCCACCUGCGGCCCUGGCAGCUGCUACGCCCUCUUUCCCCGGCGCCGCACCUUCCUGGAGGCCUGGAGGGCCUGCCGGGAGCUGGGGGGCGACCUGGCCACGCCGCGGACCCCCGACGAGGCGCAGCGCGUGGCCGGCCUGCUGGGCAGUGGCCCGGCCGACGGACUGCUGUGGAUCGGGCUGCAGCGGCCGGCCCGGCAGUGCCAACCCCAGCGGCCGCUGCGGGGCUUCACGUGGACCACCGGGGACCAGGACACCGCCUUCACCAACUGGGCGCAGCCGGCCAGCAGCGGGCCCUGCCCGGCGCAGCGCUGCGCGGCGCUGGAGGCUGGGGGCGAGCACCGCUGGCUGGAGGGCUCCUGCACCCUGGCCGUCGACGGCUACCUGUGCCAGUUCGGCUUCGAGGGCGCCUGCCCGGCCCUGGCUGAGGAGGAGGGCCAGGCGGGGCCGGCCGUCUACACCACGCCCUUCCACCUGGUCUCCACCGCCUGGGAGUGGCUGCCCUUCGGCUCGGUGGCCGCGGUGCCCUGCCAGGCCGGCGGUGAGACCUCGCUGCUCUGCAUGAAGCAGCCCCAGGGCGGCGUGGUGUGGUCCCAGACCGGGCCCCUGUGCCCGCCGACCAGCUGCCACCCGGACAACGGCGGCUGCGAGCACGAGUGCGUGGACGAGCCCGGCGUUGGCGUGUCCUGCCGCUGCCCCGCGGGCUCCAGGCUGGCGGCCGACGGGCGCCACUGCGAGGAUACCUGUGCCCAGGCGCCCUGCGAGCACCAGUGCGAGCCCGGCGGGCCCCAGGGCUACCGCUGCCACUGCCGCCUGGGCUUCCGACCGGCCGAGGACGAUCCCCACCGCUGCGUGGACACGGACGAGUGUCAGAUCCCCGGCGUGUGCCAGCAGAUGUGCGUCAACUACAUCGGUGGCUUCGAGUGCUACUGCAGCGAAGGCCUGGAGCUCAACGAGGAUGGCGUCAGCUGCAGCCACCCUGGCGACCGGGGCUCACUGGCCUCCCAGGACCUGGAGGAGGACGAGGAGGACGAGGAAGACGAGGAAGAUGAGGAUGAGGACAUGUCCUGGGAACCCUUCCCUCACGGCUGGACAGAGGAGCCGGGGAUCCCGUGGAUGGAGGCCUCGCCGGCAACCGACUUUGGCAUGGCCUACAACCCCGGCUUUCCCGAGGACGUCAUCGAGGAUGAUGGGCCACUGCUAUCGCACCUGGACCCCACCCGGUACCCCCCACCCAGCGUCCCCAGGGGCCCCUAUCACUCCGCAGUACUCUCCAUCACCCGCCCACCCUUGCCCCCGGCUCCCAACAAUCCCAGAACCCCUGCCAGGUACCCGGCUCUGCCUUCUGCCCACCAACCCCUGAUAGUUUCUGCCACGGGUGCCCCCCACCCUCCCGCCCGACAGAACCCCAGGACCCCGGCCAUGGUGGCACCCCCUCACCACCGCAUCCCCCUGUUCGCCACCAGCGCUCCACAUCAGCCGUCUGCCCACCACACCCCCUUUAUCUCCACCAAACAUCCAGGAUUUUUACCCUCUCACCCAGUCCCCGUGUUUCCAGACCCCCACACUCCUGACAUCCCGCAUGCAGCUCGCUCGCCUUCCAGCCCAGCUACCCAAAUCCCUCUGGCCAACACCUCGGAGGCCCUCCACCCCACUGUGACCUCGACCGGCCCUGUUCUCCAAACCUCUGUCUCCUUCUCUAUAACCCCAACUACCCUGCCCCCACCCACCGCUACCUCCAAGACCCCAGGAAUCCCCCUGUUCCCAGACUCCAAGACUCCCCUGCCUUCUCAUAGCCCCAGCCAUCAGACUUCACUCUCCAGCCCUCCAGACCCUCAUACCGAAGUCCAGCCGGUGCUAAGGGAAGGGGUCUCUGAGUCCCCGCUGCUGACCUCAGCAACUCCCACAGACCCCGGGGAGGCCAGCUCGGCCAGCCGCAGCCGGAGGGAUGACCGAUGGCUCCUGGUGGCCCUCUUGGUACCCACGUGCGUCUUCCUGGUGUUCCUGCUGGCACUGGGCAUCGUGUACUGCACCCGCUGCGGCCCCCACGCCCCAAACAAGCGUGUCACCGACUGCUACCGCUGGGUCACUCAGGCGGGCAGCAAGGGCCCUACGGCACCGGUGGCCCCUGGGAGCAGCCACCACGGCGGGGUGCAGACCUGCAGAACCAGUGUGUGACAAGGAAAGGGUGCUGGACACAUGGUCUG